AUGAUCUUUGUGCCCUUUAGCUUGCCUUUGCUGCACUACCCAUUUACAGCAGCAACCAAUGAAUUUCUAGCGCCAACACUUUCGCCUGACUUGCCUUUAGCUACUGAUGGACCAUUGCCCGAGUAUGCACCACCCACACCACCGCCGCCCUUACGCCAAGUGCUGCCGCUUCGAGCUAUUGCCGCAGCGGCCAUCAAGGCGCAUCAGCAGCAUGCCAGAUUGCCACGUAACUGUAGCCUGCCCGCAUUGCGUGCCAUGGCAAUGGCACUGCGGACCAACUCCAUGGCCCAGACUCCAGCAGUGGCUGUGGCAGAAGCAGACAGUAGCAGCGACUCGGAAAUGGAAUACAUGAUACCGUUGCACAAAAAUAAACUCGUAGUCAACAGCCACGCUAACUGCUUUCUAUGCCAGCAGCAACAGCAACAGCAGAUGAAGAGCUCAGGCCAACACGCCUCAGGACCCCCCGUCUUUAUGCCCCAUGGCCAUGCUCUCAAGCCCAACGGCAGCAGCUGUUCCAAUUUCUAG